GGCAACUUGAAGGCUUUAAGAUUUAACCCUAAGUUGGGAUGUUUAAAGUGAUUUGAAAAAGUUUUAGUUUUGAUUUUCUUGAAUGUUCAAAGUAUUAAAAUUAAUAAACGUUUAGAAACUCGUCAAGAUGGAGUAGAAGUACAAGAAAAAGCAAUCAAGAAUGAAAGCCCGAUUAGUUUAGGUGAUUUUGUACCUUCUUGUGGUGGGUUUCAAGAUGAAUCAUUUGUUGAUUAUAAUUCUGGUAUCCAAUUGGAUCAGAUCAAAACUUUUUAUACAUUUGGUGAUAGUUGGACUGAUCUAGGAAACGAUCUUGGAGGCACUCCCUUACCAGCUCUCAAACCCAAAACUUCAUGUCCAUUCUACGGCGGUAGACCAACUAAUGGAAAGAUGUGGUCAGAAUGGUUAAUUGAGAUUUUACAAAAUCAUUCAAAUGUUAAAAAUUAUGCUGUUUCUGGUGCUACGGUUGAUAAGACACUUUGGCAUUCUGCUGAUAAAUCAUUUGAUAUGGCUAUGGAAAUCGAUAGAUUCUUGUGUCAAAAAAAUCAAUUUGAUCCUUCAUCAUCGAUGGUUACAUUAUUCUUUGGUAAUAAUGAUUUUAUUGCUUCUAAUAUUGAAUCUAAUCAAUUAUCUUCAUUAAUCCCAUCAUCUCAAAAGUUUUUAAACCAAACUAAAAGAUUAAUCGAUUCAGGUUUUACGAAUUUCUUAAUCUUAACACCAGGCUUUGAUAAUAAUAAACUUAAAGAAUUUAAUAAUCUCAUUUGGAAUGGAUUAAAAGAUUUUAAGAAACAAGAUUCUGAUUUCCAAUUCAUUACCAUUCAUCUUUCUAAAUUAUAUCGUGAAAUUAAAACUUCUCCAAGAAGGUUUGGGUAUCAUUCUACAGAUUCUUGUUUACCUAGAAACUUAAAUAUGGCAGAAGCAUGUACUGACCCAGAGUACAGAUUAUAUUGGAUUUUUUAUCAUCCACAAACUUUGACUCAUAAACUCCAAGCGGAAUAUAUAAAACGUGUGGCUGAAAGUUGUCAACCUACAAACCAUCAAGAAGAAGUUCAUUCAAAAAGAGAUGGAGUGAAUAAAAGUACAAAGUCAUCGAAUGGUUUGAGUUCAACUUUAGGUUCAGAUGAUUCGUUGGAUUGUAAUCAAGUUGAUUUAGUUUAUCAUCCUCCAAAAUGUAUUUAAAGAAUUCCUUUUCUUUUUCUUUUGAUUUUGUUUUUUGUAUGUGGUUUGGAUUUCUUUUAUAGUUUAGAGACUAGGGUCUUGGACAUUGUUAGUGUUUUCUGUGGUGUGUAGAAAGUUAAUAGUGUUGGAUUUAAUUGGAAUAGAAAUACAAUGCUGGACGUUUUGUU